GUGCUGCCGAGGCCCAGCGUAUGAAACAACGUGGUUGUUGUUCGUGUAAAAUUUAAUGCACUUUAUAUACAAUUCAGUGCUGGGGACAAAGGACAUAUUUUCAGGUUAGGUGAAAUUCAGGAUUGCACAGUCAAUCUUUACUAUUGUUUAAUGCGACUUUAAAAAAAAUAUAGUAUUGCGUUUCUUAAGGGCAUUUGCUUUCCUCAAGUGAUCUUACUAUAGUUUUCUAUAUACAAUCACAGACUUUUCAGCUAAAGUGUUUUUGUCUUUUGUUCCAUUUAAUAUCAACGAAUUUAAAAAGUUCUUACUUUAAAAUUAAAUGUAAAUAUCAGUAGCACAACUAAACGUUGAAACUGUGCGUGUCGUUAACAAAACAACCGUAAUAGACCAUGUAUAUGGUCCAAACAACUUCCUCUUCCAGACCAACUCAUUAGACAGGUGAUAAGUGAAAGGCGACCAGGAUUUGUGUUUGUGUCUGUGUUUGUGUCGUUGUGAUUGUUGUUGUUGUCGUAGGUUGUGUCCAGUGUGAUGUUUUCAACUAUGGGAUUAUUGCGUUUGAUGGAUUGAUACUCAAACGAGGAUGGCGGAGGAGCCGCCUGCCAGGGACAGGGACAGAACACGUCAACUCUUUGGGCUGCAACUAGAGGUGACGAGCUUGCUACUUGAAGCUGAGCGCCGUAAGCUCAAUGUUCUGCAAAGAGAUCUGCAAUGUGCUUUGGCAGAGGGAGGCUCCAUCAAGGCAAAGGAGCAUCAGAAACAGGAGCUCAUUCUGGCCAUCUCACGGAUCCAGGCCCAGCAUGACCACUUAGACAAGGAGUACAGAGAACAUGCAAUUGGUGUCCUUAGGAACUCCAACUGCGGCAAGGUAACGCUGUAUAUGGAAAAGGUGGUUUGAAAAUAAUCGAUUGCACUUUACUACCUGAAGUUGUGAGAAAAGCUGCUUCCUUC